AUGAAUUCGCUGAUCGGCAAGCAAGGCGACGUCGAGUUCAACCUGCGCGACAGGCAGGUGAGCGUGAUCAUCCUCCUGCUUGUGGCCAUCGUAGCCGGCGUGUGUCGCGCGCUGCGACGCUUCUUCAACAUACCCGUCGUUGCCGUGGUUGCGGCGCUGGGCUUCGGCGCAGGCCGCUUCGUCAGCGGCUACGACGCGAAAGAGAAAGUCCUUCCGGUUACUGACCAGCAAAUCCGCGAGCUGCUGUUCCUCUACCUGCCCGUGCUCACGUUUACCGGCUCGAUCAACCUGCGCAGCCACCUGUUCAGGCAGUGCUUCUGGCAGUGCGUGCUGCUUGGUUUCGGUGGUCUGCUCUUGAGCACCAUGCUCUUCAUGCUGUACAUGUCGGGUAUGCGCGACGCCGAAAAACAGCACCUGGCCGAGACGGUGCUCAUCAGCUUGCUCACGUGCUGUCCAGAGCUUAUGUUCGUGUCCGACAUGAACGCGCUGUCGUUGGCCCACUCGCACAUACUCGAGACCAUCAUCAUGGGAGAGCCGCUCAUUGGAGCCACCGUUCUCUGGAUGGCCUACCGGUUCAGCACGCUGCCGGAGAAGUUGACUAUUUACGCUUUCCUGAGGACAGUCACGUCUACGCUGUUCAUCGGGCCGUUGGUGGGCAAGGCGCUGGGACACGCACUCGCGAUGGUUAUGAUAGCGUUGGCACAGGACCUUCCCGUCUCCUUCAUGGUGAGUGCUAUCAGUGUUAUAGCAACGUGGGCCUUCGCCGAGCAGUUUAUGCACGGUGCUGGCAUCAGCACCAUCCUCUCGAUGGGUCUCGCCGCUAGCUCCCAUGCAGAUGCCACUGUGUACAAUCCGAUAUCGAUCAGAAAGUUCUGGAUGCUCAUCAGGUACGGCUACGAAAUCGUCAUCAUCUUCCUGUCUGCUUUUCGGAUAGGCCGAGACUCGCGAGAGUUUCUGUCGUGGCACGAGAUAAUGAGCCCAGUCAACGCGUACGUUGCCAAGAUCGGUGUCCGGUUUGUCACCAUAAUCGUGUUGUAUCCGCUGUUGGCAUCAGUGGGUUAUAGCCUGAGUUGGCAGCAGUGCUUGAUUGUGGCCUGGGCGAACUUCAAGGGCGCCAUAAUGAUCGCCCUAGACUUGACCAGAGCUUUUCCGACCAUCAACCUCAAGCACGCCCUCCAGGAACAAUUUGUUCGCCUGGGCACGCUCUUCCUUGUGCAAGUCCUCAAUACCACUACACUGCCAAAGCUAAUGUCGAUCCUCGGGCUGCUGGCACUGACGGACGUGGAAAGGGCCAACAUGAACAUGGUCAUAAUCGCGCUUCGAAACACAGCGAGUUCAUCAACUAACUUUCAGCGACGAGACAAGAAGUUCUCGGGUGCCGACUGGAAGUGGGUUCAGAUGCACACGUGUAUCGAAAACCCUUAUGAAGACGUCGACGAAGACGACCACGCAGAGCAGACAGACACAUACUUGCCGGCACUCGCCUACAGGAAUGCUGCUGCAAGGAAGGCCAGUUGUUCCAUCCUUCGGCUUCAGAAGGUUUGUUGCAACAAGCAAUACGAGGAUGGCAUGAUUCACAGCAAAACUAAGAGCAAGAUACUGGCCGCCCUGCAGUAUGCUAUGGAGAAGGAAGUCUCCCUGGAUUACACCAUGAUGAAGCCUUUCGUGACCGUCCCCAGUUGGAUCUAUGGGCUUAAGGACUUGGUGCAACGAUUCGCCGGUAACGAAGCCAUCAAGAAGCGCCAAUACAAUACAAGACGUUCCACCCGCUCACGUACGGAAGAUGACGAAGAGGACAUAGAGCACGUUAGCCUCUUGUCAGCCAUGCUCAAGGAAGGCUGGUACCAUGCGCUAGUCGGAUUCGUUGCUUUGGGCUUCGUCUUGCUGCUCAGUGGCCUGGCUUUGUUUAUAAUCAAAAAGCGCUCGGAUCCGUCCCAGUACGAGCUACUCCUGUCGAUCGCCACGUCAGUGCAAGCAGCUUACAUUCUGCUCUACUCGAUAGAGAUGGUCAUCCUGGUGUACACCCUUGGCAUGCUGCGCAUGGGUAAGAAUCUUUGGAAGCAGCUUGAUGUUAUCAUGUACUUCCUGGUCGUGAUCGAGUUCUUCUCAUCAGCAUGA